AAGUGCAGGCGGUCUCCAUGACAGCCCCCACGGCCAUGCCCACCACAACAGCCAGAGAAGCUGAGAAGUACCAGCGUUCUGUCCCGGUGCGUUCCCCUCCACUACACCCCUGGUCAGAAAAGACAGCAAGUGCACUGGACCAUGUAAGGAUGGGACAUGGAAAUCAUACCGUCGUGACAGAAUUCAUUCUCCAGGGGCUAUCUCACAGCUGGGAACUGCAGAUGUUCCUCUCUGCUCUCCUCCUACUCUUCUAUGUGAUCAUCCUACCCGGGAACUUCCUGAUCAUUGGGAUAAUUUGGAAUGAUCCCUCAUUGGGAUCCCCCAUGUUUUUCUUCCUGGCCAACCUGGCCUUGUUGGACAUCUGCUACAGCUGCGUCACACCUCCAAAGAUGAUGGCCAACCUCUUCUCUGGCCGCACAACCAUCUCCUAUCUACAGUGCAUGCUUCAGAUAUUUUUUAUCCACUUUCUGGGUGGAGCUGAGAUGUUUUUACUUAUUGCCAUGGCUAUCGAUCGGUAUGUGGCGAUCUGCCACCCCCUGCGCUAUACUACCAUAGUGACCAAAUGUGUCUCCUGGGCUUUGGUGGUAACUUCAUGGGUUGGAGGCUUCAUGCAUUCCAUCAUUCAGGUCAUUCUCAUCAUCCAGCUCCCAUUCUGUGGUCCCAAUAUGCUGGAUAACUUCUUCUGCGACAUCACCCAGAUCAUCAAGCGAGCCUGCACCAACACUUAUAUGCUAGAGUUUGUCAUGUUUGUCAGUAGCGGCCUGGUCAGUGCUGCAUGCUUCAUCCUCCUCCUCACCUCCUAUGGAGCCCUGCUGGUCAAAGUGAGGAUGGGCUGCAGCCAAGGGAAGAGCAAGGCUUCAUCUACAUGUAUCACCCACAUCAUUAUCGUCUUCAUCAUGUUUGGCCCUGCCAUCUACAUCUACUGCCGGCCUUUCCAAGACUUUCCCUUUGAUAAGGUGGUGGCAUUUUUCCACACGGUGGUCUUUCCCUUGAUGAACCCCAUGAUCUACACCCUGAGGAACAAGGAGAUCAAAGUUGCUAUGGGGAGACUGCUGAAGAAAUAUAUAAUUGUGGAGGGAAAUUAAGAAAAAUACAGGACACAGUAAUGCUGUAAGGCCUGGUUUAUUGUUUCCUUUUCCAAUUCUAAUGUAUUCUAAUUUGAAUUUUCAUCUGCAUUUAAUUGGAUAUAUUUAUAGUUUCAGAUUUAUUAAAUGUUUAGAUGGGUGGGGUUUCAACAGCA